CCUGAGGGAAGCAAAAGGUUAACGAACCGAUCGACCGAUUGAGCUUUUCGCCAGUUUGAAACCGGGGUUACUUGUGACACGGCUAAACAAGCGUGGAAAAUGUCUUUGACGGAGCAAAGCCAGCAGUGGUAUCCUACAAGUGUGCAGGUAACGGUGCACCAGGCUCGCAAUCUACGCGUUAAGGGUAAAAACGGAACCAACGAUGCCUAUGCCAUCAUCCAGCUGGCCAAAGACAAGUUUUCCACAUCCGUCGCUGAAAAAUGUGUCGCCCCUGUUUGGAAGGAAGAGGCGUCGUUCGACUUGACGUUGUUCCAUCCCAGUAAUGCUGAACGAUGCACGCUUUACAUCAUCGUAAUGCACCGUGCCCAGGUGGGUCUCGACAAGUUCUUGGGGCGGGCUGUGGUUAAUUUGCUGGAGCUGCACGACGCCAAGUCCCGCAAAAAGACCGAUUGGUUCAAACUGGUGGAUAAGACUGGGAAGGAGGACAAAGCCCGGGGAGAGGUGCUGCUUGACAUCCAGUUCAUGAGAAACAACUUGUCAGCCAGCAUGUUUGACCUUUCCAUGCAGGACAGACCACGUUCCCGCAUCUCUAAAAUAAAGGACAAAGUUCGUGGGAAGAAAACGGAGGGCCUUUCUGAUUCGGCCUCUGCUAUUGUGCCGUCUGUCAGCCAAGUCCUAACAGACAGUGAUGGAGAGGCCGAUUCUCAGUCACUCAGUCAAUAUCCGGGGAUCAAGAAGAAGUCGAAGCUGAAGUCACUCUUUGCUCCCAAAUCAAACUUACAGCGCAACAUCUCACAGUCCAUGUCUACUCUGGGCACUCUCCCUGAGAAGAACUCCUCUCUCAGUGGCAGCCGUUCCUCUGGCCUCAAUGUCGACUCUCCUGAAGUUAAAAAGAAAUUUAAGCUCCUGGGCCACAAGCGCACGGGCAGCAAUGACAGUAAGGUGUCUCAGGGCCCCUUCUCUCUACUGGGUCGGUCCAAACAGAGCUCUAGUGACCUGAACAACCUUUGCAUCAAUGGCAGCCAUGUGUAUGCAGAGGAGGUCGAGCCCAAGAGUGGGUCAACGCUCAGCCUGAACAGCUCUGGCCAGGGCUCCGUGGAGGAUGUCCACAGACAUGACUCUGACGUCUCUGCACAAUCUCUCAAAGGCUUUGCUGUCCCUUCCAGGCAGGAGCCCACAGACAGAGCUCUGCUGGAUCAACAGCGCCAUCUUGAGGAGGAAGAGAGAAAGCAGGCAGAGGAGAGGCGCAGCGCAGAGGCCAAGAGACUGGAGGAAGAGGAGAAACACAGGGCACAGGUCAAGCGACUGCAGGAGGAAGAGGAACGCAAAUACCAGGAGGAACAGGAGAGAAGGAGGCGCUUUUUAGAGGAUGAGGCAAAGAGGAAGAAACGGAUGGAAGAGGAGGAGGAGGAGAGGCGAAAACAAGAAGAACGCAGGAGAUUGGAAGUGAUGGAGAAACAGAGGCUUGAAGAAGAGCGUCAGAGACGAGAGGAGGCACACAGAGAAGAGGAGCAGAAACGCCAGGAAGAAGCCUCCAUGAGUGAAAGGCUCUCCUCUUUGUUUGGUAUGAUCAGAAAGAAAGAAGAGAAAAAGGAGGAGGUUCAGCAACAAAGUGACGUUAAAGAAGUGGCACCCAUACCUGACCCUCAUCAUGCUUCAGGAGAUCUGGAAGUACAUAGUCCCCACCAGUCCACCAACCCAUUCGAGGAGAUCCCCCUCAGCCCAGAAGCCCUAAAUCCUUUUGAUGAGAAAGCAGCAGAUCAACAGAAAAACAUUCGCAACCAGCAAACCCCAUCUGCCAUGGUCUUCCUCAACCGAACUGCUAAAGUGUCUGCAGUCAAACCAAGAUUGGCUGAAAGUCUGACACCUGAACCCACUGACUCUCAAACCCAUAGUCAGCAGUGUCCUCCUUCCCCAACCACCUCUGAAUCCACCCUCUCUAGUGUCCCGUCCGAGUCCCCUGAUAUGUUCUCCAACUUGCAUUCAUCCCUUGCCCCCCCUAAACCUGAUAGAAGCUCCCACCCUGGAAGCACAGAGAAUUUGUCCUCUGUGGGAUCUUCACCAGUUUUGACUGAGAAGAAGAGAAGAGCACCCCUUCCACCAACCAGUAAUGCUCAUAGAGCUCACACUGGAAUUUCUACACCAGUGGAACCACCAACACCAACAAGAAGUGUAUCUGCUGGUGGAAGUAAUCUUGUCCCUAUUAGGGCGAUUGAAAAUGCAGGAAACAUUGAGGAGAAUAGAGCAGAGCAUGGCAAAAGACCACCUCUGCCACUUCCAGACUAUGAAACCUUGUUUCCACAGAAAAGACAUGGAGUACAAGGUCAUUCUCGAUGGGAUCAUAUCAUUGCUGAGGUUAAUCAGAGAAAGAGGGACUAUCCACCAACAUUAAUUGGUCAAGAAAUGAGUGUGGAUGGCCCAGAAGAUCAUACACCCCCUCUUAGAUCCUCACUCACACAGGCGAGGUCUACUGUCCCCCACCACCAGCAAACACAAUCUCAUGAGACCAAACCAAUCUCUUUAAAAAAGGUGGCAGCCCCCGCUCCUCCUAAAGUACUUGCUGCUACACACCCCAGACCAGUUGAUUCCAUCCAAAAACCAAACCAGAAUGUUGUACAAGCUCACCCAUCUGUGGAGAGGUCUAAUGCAGGAUCUGUAAAUACUGACACUUCAAACAGAGAUGUUCGAUUGGUGAUACCCAAGGAUGGGGCAAGAAAGGCACUGCACCCACCCACUCUCACUACUGAUCACAAACAAGUGCUGCCAGAUGAGGUGCCCAGACCUAUUAGUCAAAUAGGAGGGAACUUAGGACUGGAUGAUGACCAAAACGCUGAAGAAAUGCCCACAGCCAAACCCAGACAAAGGGGUGUUAGUAAAGAGUCAAUGAAACAAACAGACUCUAACACAAGACAAACCGUUUCUGUCCAUAAUAUUAAUAGCAGCAAGCCAACAGUAUCCACCUCAGAUGAUAAAGAUUGGGACAAGAAGAUGAUGGCGACAAAUGAGAAGUUUGCUGAUGACCCAUUCCCCAGUGGUGAGCUUCAUUCCAAAGACCCAUGGACACAAUUGGAUCAGGGCCAUGUUGAAGAUGUUUUCACUGGCAAAGUGCAGAGAGAGCAGAAAUUUGAAGAUCAGGGAAUGUCAGGAGAUGAUCUUGAUAAACUUUACAGGUCAGAGAAUCCAAGAGAUCCCUUUUCCAGCUUUUAUGGCAGCAAUGCAGACAAAAAGCCUGAGCACAAGAAUCAGGGUUUCGAACAAGGUCAGCAUGGUCCUGUUUUCCAAGCAAAACAUUCACAGCAAAAAACAGAGGUUUAUUCAACUCAUGCUCCAUCUAAUACCAGAGAGACCAAAGUUCUGCAAGAACCAGCAUCUAAUGAAGAAACAGUCGCAGCUAAUCAAGGCCUCACACCCAAAGAUACUCCAUCUAUGUCUAUUACCUAUGGAUCCCUUACACUGCCGUCUCAAGUUGAUGAAAAAUCAAAGAACAGCUAUUAUGGAGGAGAAAGGGUGGAAACUCCCUUUAGCACAGAUGUAUCUGGAGCAGAUCCUUUCAAUGUACUCUCCUCUUCCCCCGUGUCCUCUGUUUUGACUACCCCAGAGGCUCACCAGGUAGCUAUGGACGAAUCUGCAUUUGAGCCAGGAGGUUUGUCUGGGGGAAAGAGUCUUUUGCGGGCCUGGGUUUCACCCUCUGAUGUUCAGCCUGUAAGUGCACAGAAUAGCAAUGGAGGUGGGCUGGCCUCAACACCUCGCAGGCCUCAUCCGGUGAAGCCCAUGAGUUCAGUGGAGAACCAGUAUUCCAUCAGCAGCCCUGCUGUGAGAGAUGCAAAAAAGCAUGACAACACAGCAGGGAAGAUAAAGGUGGCAGACUCGGUGGAAAGUGGACCUUAUACUCAGCUGACCCAGGAAGAGCUGAUCACACUAGUAGUGAAGCAGCAGAUGGAGAUGUCCAAAAAGGAUGCCAAGAUCAUCGAGCUUGAGGAGUACAUAGAUAACCUUUUGGUCCGCGUAAUAGAGGAGCAGCCUAGUAUCCUGCUCGCCCUCGGCUCUGGCAAGCCAGCUUAGGGCAACCGGGAAUGCUAAAGCAAAAACAGCAAGCACAGUUAAGUAUUUUGUGUGCUUUUCUACUGUUGUCACUGUGUAUUGGGAAAUGUAAUCUUUAAACAGAUUUUAUUUCCUUAGAGUGUGCACUUUCUUUUUUUACUCUCUCUGUGAAGUCGGAGUAAAAUUUGUCUAUUUGAAAACGCUGGAAAUUGUGUCUGAAGUCUUAAUAAUUAGACGAUGACAAACUAAUCAUUUUGAAGAUAAUCAUCUGAAAUUCUUUUUGCUAUAAACUACCAGAAUUUGCUUUGAAACCACUUCAUUAUAUAUCAAAUACACUACAUCUUGAUUUGUAUGUUAGAUGAAAGCUCAAAUAAGUUUUAUUUAUCAUAGUUGAUGUAUAAUAUAUUCUGUUAUUGCAUCCGAGGUGCAAACAGGAAUUUACUGUCUGCACCUCCUGGCUACUCUACACUGAACUUUGCAGUGGUUCUGUUUAAUCUACAUAUGGAUAACAGCAACUUCUUUGACCAUUUCACACCGGUAUCCCAUAUCUUUUAAUUUAUUUUUUAGGACUAAUUUAUCAUUUGCUUACAUGAUACUUCUUGAUGCUAUGAUGAUUUUUUCAUAGGUCCAACAAGGAAUUACAGCUUUAUUGCAUGACCUCAUCAAGUGACUAAAGAUUCAGUCGUUUGUGGUACAAGUGUGCGUAGUUGGGGCAAAAGUUCAGGUUGCCUUGAUUUAUCAUCCAUCCUACACUGCACCUUUUUUUUUCUUCCUUUUUUGGAGCCUUUUUCUUUUUGAGUCUGUCCAAAUGUAAUUUUUGUUCACACAAUCAACAUUCCUUUCAUUUGUUCCUUACCUCAAUAGAACAUUACCUGUGCUUCCUUGCCUUUAAAGUACUAUGUGCCUAUUUCUGCUCAUACUGUUUCAUAUAGAAAACCAGCAAUAUGUAGAUGUAGCUAGCCAGUUGGUCAUUUACUGUACAUGGUUUGUACAGUGAACAAUGAUAAAUAAGAGAUGUAGUGCUCUGGAUAGACAUUUAUUCAUGUUUUUAUCACGUUGUCCUCUUCUGUUGAUUGAUCUUUUAGCACAAUCGCUUAAUAUGCAAGCUCCAAAGUACACAUCUUUGUGGGGAAAAAAAUGUAAGUCAUAGUAUCCGAAUCAAAUUGUCCUCUGAUGAUGAUAAUGAGAAAUAUGUGCUCAUGGUUAUGAGUGUGUGUAAGUUAUGUUUUAAAAAUCAACGAUGAGACAAACGAUUCUUUUGUUAUGAGGAUUACAUCAAUGUUGGCCUUCUGGGAUGUGUGGGAAAUCCAGCCAAGACUCUGAUUGUAGUUUUAUUCCACCAGUGAGUGGAUCGUAAACACUAUGUCUUACAUUAUGAAGUAUAGCAAUAAUAACGGUGAUUACAUCUUUAAAAUAUUUUUGAAUUGUGCCUUCCAGUUUUCUAAAUUCCAGUCUUGUGAUUGUUAUGGCUAUUACAUCUGGUUUGUUGUCUUCACUGGAUUGUGAGCUCAAAGAUUGUGCUGAAUGUAUGACGUCUUGUCACCUUUGUCAGAAACGGAAUCGAUAUUAGUUUUCUCAAAGGAGAAGUAAUGCUGUGCAAAAAAAUUGAUUUUAAUUGAAAUAAAAUGACACUAAUUGUUGCUCCAAAUUCUUUUCUACAUGCUUGUUUGUUUGUUUGUUUUUUGAGUUGUUCCUUAUCCGAUGCGAGGGUCUAAGGACAGGAUGUUGUGUUGCUGCAAAGCCCCCUGAGGCAAAUUUGUGAGUUGGGCUAUACCAGUUGACUGUUACAUAACCAUUCUAGAGAAGUUUUUUUUUUAACCUUAUACCUAAUAAUUCCACAUAAUCUACUUAUUGAAAGCUUUUCUAAGAUCCUUGCUGACCUCCUGAGAUCAACUGUGUACCUAGUAUGUU